AUGUCUUUAAGAAUUAUCCCUGAAAACAAACAAAUUUCCUCCAUAAAUAGCACGCAGUUUGGAGAUGCAGCAGUCCACGCUCCGGGAUUACAAGAUGUUUUGAGAAACCAGGAAGGUCCACUCAAUUUGUCGUCGAAGAUCAAUAACCGUCACCCAUUGGAAGCUAGAGUAGCAAACUGGGAGCAGACUCAACAUGACGCCAAGAUGGAGUCAUACAGAAGAAUCUUCGGGUCGGGAGUGCCAAUUCAGAGAGCCAUGGAGUUACAAAUUGUAGAAUCUACGGACUUUAAGCCUCAAAUACUUGGAGGUUCAGAUUCCAUGCACCGCGACAUCUUACUUAACAAAGAUGCCUCGUUAGACUGGGAGGACGUUUACAAGGGAGGAUUGGAAAGCGGGUCAAAUGUCAAGGACUUCCAUUCCGACAUGGAGAAGAGAAUGAACAUCUGA